CCCCAGCAUGCAAGUCGGCAGGAUCGGAAGUGUCAAUGCUUUCUUCUAUUUUUAGCUAUAUUUCAAGACGUCAUUUUCGGGCUUGAUUUAGGCCAAGGCUGUUCUCUUUAUGUUGCUGCAGAUAUUUAGGGUAUCGAUCUUGAAAUUUAUAGCUUCUUAGGCCUAGCAGAAUCUAGCCUACCAUGCUAAUACACACAGGGUUAUCUCCUUUUAAACCUAGCCUAUAGUGUACAUCUAUGGCCUGGUAUCAUAACUCGAUACCAUUUGCACAGGUUUGAAGUGCCUGGCAUUUAAUUAUCUUUAGUGAAAUAGUCCUGCAGCAUGAAAUUAUCAAAACCAUGCAAAUACGUGCUUAAUUUAUUUCGCGAAAUGACUUUGACCACAAGUUUAAAAAAACAACAACACCAGCAACAUUACCUUCAUUUGAAUUUUUAAAAAUAACAUCGGGACUCAAAAGUAAAGAAUAUAUUUUUUAUAAGCGAUGAUUAAGUUUGUAUAUUGUCCUUGGCCCCUAUAGCAUUUAUUCAAUUCGAAAUUCAAAAAUUGAAACUCAUCAAGCCUGCUGUUUCUAAAUGCUUGCUGCUUCUGUUGCUGUUGACAGAGUUGUAGCCCAUUGAACUACAUUAUGACAAAAACUACCAGACAUGUAUCGGGAUUUAAAAGUUUAUGAAUAUUUUUAAUCUUUCACUUUCAUGAACUACAGGUGUUUAGUGCAGUCUCUUUUAAAAGCUAUCACUAAAACUAAAAGAAACGUUUCUUCUAAACAAUAGGUCAAGACCAAGUACGAAAUGCACAUAUUUGAAUGAAAUUAAGAUUAUGUUUAUAUGAUCUAUUCUGCUCAUCUAAAUACACGAAUGUCGAGAGUUGCGAUACCGAACCGUCUGAUCGACGAAGGUUUUUGUUCUGACGACGCGUAAUCGCGUAGUCAUUUGCACUAUUUUGCACGAUUACACUAUAUUUUUCCGGACGCCAUUUUGAAUCUCAGUCACGAUUGUUCACAGCUCGUCCGUCUUUCUGUUGUUACUGGUUCUAUAACAAGCAUACUCCACAUGGUGGAGAAUUUUGGACUGUGCACAGGAAGCACAUUUUGCUGAGAUUUACAAGGAGUGACUCUAUCACCCACAAUGUCUUGUAUUCAUUACAAAUUCAAGAGCAGUUUGGACUACAACUCGGUCACAUUUGACGGGUUGCAUUUGUCCCUGACUGAUCUGAAGAAAGCAAUAAGUUUGCAGAAACGACUUAAGCCGGGGGAGUUUGACCUGGAGAUUGUCAAUGCCCAGACCGGAGUUGUGUACGAGAGAAGUGAUGAGCUUAUCGCUAAGAACACGUCUGUCACAGUAUCCCGAGUUCCUGUGACAAAAAGUACUGCUAGUAGUACGCAGAAGUCAUGGGAGGCGUUCAAGCAGAAGUGUGCCAAAGUAAAAGAGAAGGAGAGGCAGAUGACCUUGGAGAAGCUGAAACAGACCCCAGAUCUUGCAGGUGCUCCAGCUUCUGAAAUCGACAAAAUCAAGGCAGUCAUUGACCAAUCUACUAAGGGAUUUGAACCCUCAAACUUUAUGGGCAAGCAUCCGUCCGGUGUCCCUGCGGAGCACUAUGUGUGCAAAAGAUGUGGUCAAAAGGGCCAUUACAUCACUAACUGUCCCAACUCCAAUCCAGAGGAGAGGAUCAUGGAACCGAGGUACAAGCGCACGACGGGCAUCCCGGCCACCAUGCUCACUAUUGUGGACGACCCCAUGCAUCCAGGGGCACUUCUCACGAGUGGAGGACAGUUUGCUGUGCCCACAGUAGAUGUGGAAGCAUAUAGGGACAGCAAGAAAGAACGUCCCCCAUUUCUACCUCCAGACACAGCAAAAGAAUCGGAGGUUAGAAAAAUUCCAAGGGAGCUUCUGUGUAACAUCUGUGAUGAUUUGUGUGUUGAUGCGGCAAUUGCUCCCUGCUGUGGGACCAGUUUCUGUGACCAGUGUUUACGAGAAGAGCUUUUGGAGAGUGAAGUCCAUCAGUGUCCUGCCUGUAAGGAGACCAAUGUUUCCCCUGAUCGCAUUGUGGCCAACAAGUCAAUGCGACUGGCUGUGACCAAUUUUCUCAAUGACACAGGCUACACCAAGUUGAGCAAACUGCUUUUGUCUGCUCAGGUGAAGCGGCGCAGGUCUAACUCCGCUGGUGGGGAUUCUUCUUCACCCGUUAGCUCGGUUCCAAAGAGCAGUGCACUGGAAAUAUCUGCUCCUGCCAAUAAGCUCAGUUUGUCUUCUGGUGCUGCUGCCCCGAACAAGUCGGAGGAAGUUUCUUCUGCUCCCAGUGGCAGCCCUCCAUCAACCCUUUCUGACCUGCCGUCUCGUGCAUACGGUCAAGACUAUCAGUCCAGGCCAGGUCGACAUUCCUCUGAGCAGCAAAACCGCUACCGACAGGGCCAGCGGUGUCCUCCUCACCACAAGCCAUGGAGGUCACACAAUGAACCUUUCAGGAAAGACUUUAGUAGCUACUCCAAUACCAGCUCUAAUCUGAAGACGCUGGCAGACAGUAACCUGAGUGACAACCCCCUUCAGCGGCCAGCAGGUGCUUCAACCUACGAUCGGCCACAAGGACGCUCUCAGGACAGGGGUCAUCUGCAUGGUUCUGCAUCAUCACAUGCAGAACCUGAAAGAUUGUCCUCAGCAGAAGAACAACGCCAGAGUCGUAAGACCCCACCCAUGGCUGAUGCUCGACCACUGAUACCUCAGUCGCUGGCCUCUGGUCGUCCUAACCCAUGGUUGUCUGGCUCCCGGCCCGGUGUGGACAACACCUCCUCUGUUCCCGUGGCCACAAGUCUAUCCUCGGGCUCAUUGCAUGGUCAAGUGGCAGGCCAGUAUAUGGGUCUGCCCACUCACCCUCUGCCGAUUCUGACUGUGCCCCCUCCUGGACUGCCGCCACCCUUCACAGCUCUCCCUGGAUUUCCAAGAGGUUUCCCAAACCCGCUGUUUGGACCACCAGGUCUCCCAGCACCGGGUGUGCCCCCGACUGUACAGCCCCAGGGGCCAGGGCAAAAGGCCCCGCUAUCUGAGGCAGAGUUCUAUGAGGCUCAGCAAAUAAUCAAGGAAGCUUCUAGAUCACCUAAGAAACCAGUUGAUAUCUUUGAUUCAUUCGCAGACUUGACCAGCCGUCGCAGCCGGAGCACAGAGAGGCACAGGAGCCGCACUAGGUCUCGGUCUGGAUCAUGGCACAGACGACCCAGUAGGACGCCCAGCAGGUCUCCAGCAAAGCGGCGCUCUCGGUCAUUCUCUCCCUCAAAGGGUUCUCCACACUCCAGGUCUCGUCAGCGCUCGUCCCAAAGGUCUCGAUCCCGUUCUUACGGCCCCCCUAGGACAUCGUCACAGCGCUCUCGUACACGCUCCCCAAGAAGGUUUUCAAAGUCACGCUCCAGAUCUCACUCAGGUCCAAGACAGUCAAGGCCUUUGUCCAGAACACGGUCACCAUUACCACCCCUUAGGAGAUCUAAGUCACCCCUGUCCCCGCUGAGGCGUUCGUCAAAAUCCCCAUUGAGGAGAUCCUCACUUUCAUCCAUGAGGAGAUCAUCAAAGUCUCCUCUUCGCAGGUCAUCAAAAUCUCCCAUUCGGACGUCCAAGUCGCCCUUUAGGCGCUCCUCAAAAUCCCCUCUACGCCGGAUGUCAAAAUCUCCCUUGAGAAGGUCAUCCAAGUCCCCCCUGAGAUCGUCAAAAUCACCUCUCAGGCGUUCUUCAAAGUCGCCUUUGCGUAGAGCGACAAAGUCCCCUCUCAGAAGAUCCUCCAAAUCACCGUUAGGUUUGAGGAGGUCGUCCAAAUCUCCUUUGAGGCGGUCAUCUCUAUCUCCAGUACGCAGAUCCUCUCGUUCAUCACUUCUGAGGUCAUCCAAGUCACCUCUGCGCAGGUCAUCGAAGUCACCACUUCCACGUCGGUCACGCACCCGUUCCAAGUCCUUCGCCCGCUAUUCACGAUCACGCUCUAAAUCUUGGUCGAAGGCUAAGAGGCCUAGGUCUAGAUCCUACUCAAGACAAAGGUCACCGAGGCGUAGUCCGCUACGCUCUCCAGGACGCAGAAACUCCUUUUCCCCACGCAGGCGCUCGAAGUCUUUCUCACCACGGCCUAAGUCCCCGUACCGCUCGAGAUCACGAAGCCCUCGGGACAAAAAGUGGAGCCCUCGGCCACGCUCAAGAUCACCUUUCCCCUCUCGCAGGUCGCUCUCACCCCUCAAAUCGCCAUCACGGAGGUCACCCAGCCCAUACAAGAAGAGGCCUUUGUCUCCCUUGCCUCCACGACGACAGUCACCGCCUCCAUUCCAGCGCGGUCGUGGUGGUGGCUUUAGAGGGAGGGGCCGGGGUGGCUUUAGAGGGAGUUUUGACAGGCCCAAUCAAGAUCGCUUCCGUGGUCCAGCUAGCCCACCGCGAGGAACACCUGCCCAACCCCCAGCUCACCCUCAGUCUUCGGGUGCUGGCCCCGUACCCAAUCUGCCCCCCGUACCCUAUUUCCCAGGUAUGGGUAUCCCCCCACCUGAGGAGUACUUUAAAUACAAUCCUGCAGGCUAUCAGGAGUUUGUGCGAAACCUUUACUCCCAGUUUGGGCCACAGGCUCAAGCUUGGGCUCAGAGUCAAGGUGGUGCAGGAACAGGGGGCAUAAUGCCACCCGCCAUCGGGGAUAACAUGUUCCCACACCAACCACCUUCUGUGCACCCAGUGCCCUCUGCCUCAGAGCAGCAGCGCCCACCAUGGGAUACAACUGUGCCCAUGUCACCCUCUCAACGGCCACGCUCGUUUACUCCCCCUGGAGCAUACCCUCAGCGAGAUCGCAGACAAGACAAUUAUGGGCCCAGUGACCACAGAAAUGAAAACUAUCCGCCCAGGGAUCGCAGAGACGGCAACUAUCCUAGAGAGCGCAGGGAGGAUAACUAUGCACCUCGGGAUCGCAGGGAGAACAACUAUGUGCAAAGAGAUCGCAGGGAAGAUAAUUAUCCCCCUAAAGACCGCAGAGAUGAUAACUUGAAUAAAGACAAGACUGACAGAGAGAGACCUUGGGAGAGAGAUCAAAGAGAAAGGCCUCUUGAUCGGGACCGGGACAGACGAGGAGAGAGGGAAAGAGAGGACAGGUAUCGCAGAGACCCCACCCGUGACAGACCUGAGAGUAAUCGAGAGAAGGGGAGGGAUGGUAAUCGUAACAAAGAGAGUGAACGGAGCAAAGGCCGCGACGCUCCGCGGGAUAAGGAUAGUCAAAAGGAUAAAGAGAGAGAUACAGGUCGCACCAAAGAUAGAGGGGUGAAUGACAGAAAGAAAAGCCCUCCAAAGAAGUCAAAGGAGGAAGAUAAGGAUAGAUUGAAAGGCAAAGACAAGAAAAGGACAGAGAGGAAGAAAGAAGAUAAAGAGAAUAAAAAGACCAAGAAAAGAUCGGAAACUGAGAUGGACAAAGGAGAAAAAGAUAAGUCUAGUAAAAAAGACAGCAUUCUGUCAAAGACUAGUCCCAUCAGUGAUAAAGAGUUUGACUCGCCUGCAGUGAGUGAAAAGGUCGAACAGACAACUGCUAGGGCAGGCUCUGUGCCAUCUAAAACAGGUGAUGUUUCUAAAAAGGAGGUGACCGAUGGGAGUUCCACAGUCAAGCUGGACAGCACAGCGGCUGAUGCCCGAGCACAGAAUGUCACAGGGGAUUCUGUUGCGAAGGGCAAGAAAGCUAUAACUGUUAAAAAGGCUGAUGGAAACGUGGUUAAGAAGUCUAAAGUAAAAGCUGCUGCAACAGAUGAUGGUACUACAGCUGGGAAGAAAGGGAAAAAGACGAAAAAGAAAAAACUUACCUUUGGCUCAUCUGAAGUUGAUGCAAAACAGGGUUUAAAAAAAAAGAAAUUGAAGAGGCUGGUUGAUUAUAAGUCUGAGAACUGUACCUCUGAAGAUGGUGAAGACAAAUUACUACGCGGAAGCCCAGCUAAAAAACUGAAGGCAUCAGCUGAUACUGGGAUUGUUGCCGAGGUGAAAACGGAGGUUGAAAAACCCACAGCGGGCGAUGGGGGAAGUGGAGACCAGUCUCUGUCAACAACAACGGUGCCUGAGGUCAGCUCCGGUGUGAAAAAUGAAGCCAGCGCCGGUGGUCAAGUGGGCCCCUCAGUGUCACUGGCACCUCCUGCGCCAGUCCCAGAGAAAGAGAUGGUAACAGACGCUACAGUGGACAGCACAGUAAAGGAUGUGAAGGAGGAGCUGGUGCCGGAGCUGCCAGAGCUGUCCAAGUGGGAGAGGGAGGACUUUGACUUACUGGACACUAUCGAGCAGCACCACAGCAAGGACAAGACUGGGCCGCCCUCUAAAAUGAUGCUACCCAGGUCUGUAGUAGACAAAGCUGAAAAGUUCCUUACCCAAAAGCCCAUGAAGAAUGCUGUUGUAACCGCGGGCCACGUGUCCACGUCAUCCAAGUCACCGUCGCUGUCACCGUCCCGGAAGGCUUCGGAAGGACGUUCCAAGUCGCCUGUGACCAAGGCUCAUCGCCGUGUGUUCAUGGAGGGGAAAAAGGAGAGCCGAGAUAAGAAGACACUGGAUCUACAGAUCACAGUGAAAGCUGAUAAAGUCAAUGCUGAUGCAGACAAGUCAAAAGGUGAGCCUGAACGACACAAGAGGGACUCGAGUGACAGGAAACAGACAUCAUCUAGCAGAACGGAGGACUCGCGGCAUAAUCGUUAUCAUCAAAAUGAGUAUGAAGAAGAUCAACGAUCUGUCGUUCGCUCCAGGUCCUUUGAGAGAGAACUGCACGUUGGUAGCAAAAGUAAUAAGAAUAAGGAGAAGGAGAAGCGAGCUGGCAAACAGGACCGUACUAGGGGAAGUGCCAGUGAGAAGUCUGGCAAGUAUGAGUCAAGGAAAGAUUCUAGUAAAGACCGGCAUCGGGACAGGUCUCCAGAGCCACGAGAGAGGCGGCAAAACAAAGAGUCACAACUUGACAGCACGACUGACUCAAACGUUAAAUCCUCAAAGGACCUCAGACACAAGAUUGAGGAGAAGACCAAGGCUAAAAGUGCCGUGGAUCAUAGGAAACUCUCUGUUAUGGAUGAGUCUGAGUUUGUGCCAGACUAUGAAGACCUGGCUCCAGAGUCAGGCUCAGACAAUGAACCUGAUGACGGUACCUCACAGAAUUCUGGAGCUUCCAGUCCAGAUAGGAAGAAAAGGAAGAAGUCUGAGGAGGAAGAGGAGGGGGAUGAGAAGGAGGACAGUUCAGAGAAAGGAGAUGAUGAAGGAGGGAAGGCAAAGAAAGCAAGAAAGAAGCAUAAGCACAAGGAAAAAAGUAAGGAGAAGAAGAAACACAAGAAGAAGAAGCACAAGCACAAGAAGAGCAAGGACAGGGAGGCAAAAGAAUGACAGGUCGGAUGAUGGGUUUAUGCGGGAGAUGUGGGAAAAACAACCAAGCUUGUGAUACAGACUUUAUAAUGUUAUGGCCAGUGCAGUUGAUGGCAGAGAAUUUCAUUUUUUUUGUGUGUAGGGUAAAUCUCUUAGUUUCUGUCCACUUGCUUUUGUAUAGGUGGACAGAGAUACUGUUGUCACAGAGGACCUAGGCCACUGAUGUUUGCAGCCAGGAAUAACGAGUGCAGAAGAAAAAAGGUGUUGGAUGUCCAUGGGAAAUGCUCUUGGUGUUACAAAUAACUUUUGUGUUACUCGGACUUGUUGGUCUGACAAUCUUAGGUUUUCAAAUCAAAAACGUACAACAAUCAUCUUAAUCAUUACUCUAUUGUGUGGGUUGUACUAGUAGUGCUUGAGUGAUGAGGUGUAAGACUUGCUUUGGUUGGCAUAUAAAAAUUGCUCAUUCCAAGUGAAUCAUGUGCUGUUCGGGAGAUGAGGGCACACAUGCAUAUUGUUGAUGUCUGAUGCUAACAAUGUAUGUGUGUGUGAACAUUUAUUUUCAGAAAAGUGGAAAAUACGUAAUUUGUUCUUUAUUAUCUACCAAAAUUGCUUUAAAAAAUGUAAGACUAGUUCUUUUUACAUAUUAUAGCUUCACCAAUGGUAAUCAACAGUUGUGAUUUAUAUGAUUUGAGACAAGAAAAGCUGUUUCACCUAGUUUGUCGGAAACACGGUUAGAAUCAGACACAGGUGAUAAUAAAAAAUUGUUGUUUUGUUGCCUAUUCCUGUGUACAGCCACUGUGUUCGACCUCCUCUCACAGCACAAUUCAAGGUGUGAAAGAAAGGGGUAAAAUCUUGCUGUGGAUGAUGCAGCGAUUGUGUUCUGUACAUUUAAUCAGAUAUAUGUACCGUAUGUACAGUCAUUUAUUAUGUUGUCUGGAAUAUUCCGUCAUGUUUUCAAGUAUACAACUUGAUAAUGUAAAUUCUUUCUGAACUGAUUCUUUUUUGCUCUUCUGACUUGUUUGCAAUAUUACUAUGAUUUUUUUUGAGUGAGUCUUUGAUCCAUUUGACUGUAUACAGUAUAGUAGUGACUGCUUGUUAUAAACUUUUGAAAGGAUGUUUACCGAACUAGAAUAGAGGGUGUGAUUACACUGUCGGUUUCUAUGUGUGCUGUGUGUAGCUAUGUCCAUUUGAUAAAGAAUUGGGGGCCAUGUUGAUGCCCGUUUAUUUGCUCACAAAGUUUAUCUCAGGUGGUGCACAUUUUACUUUACUGCUGUGGAUAAAUGAUGAAGUCAUGGAGUUCUCUGUAUCCACAGGAUGGGUGAAAGUGGGAGGUGCCCAGCAUCACUUAUAUAUAUAAAAAAAUAUCUUUUCAUUCAUGUACUAAAAAUUGCUGCAUUGUUGCAAUUGAAAUAUUCGUGUUUCUUUUAUUGAUCUGCUUGGUUUCAGCAUUUUGUUUUACUGCUUAUAGGAAGAGUGAUUUUGUGUGUUUUGAAUGCGUGUGUAAAAAUUAAGAAAAUGACGGGUAAGACAUUUUGUCUUAAUGCUAUUAGGACCUGUUUGAUUUGAUUUGUUACGUUUAUGUUGUAAAAAAAUUGCUUUGGUUUGUGUGUUUUUUUGUAUGACUCUGAUAGCUUGUCAGAACAAAUGUCCAUUUUCCCAAAAAUUAAUUAUUGUUAAUACAAUUUUGAUUAAGUUUGGGAGAAUACAUUGUAUGUUCCGGUAUCAAAUGUAUGUCCUGGCAGGUUAUGUGAAUGAAAGAUUUACCAUAUGUGUAAGGCCUGCAGUCCAGGUCUGUCAGUGGUCAGUGAAAUCUGUGUGGUGAAAGUAAGUUAUGGAGUGAGAACAGCACACAUUGACCAGUAUUACCUCAUCACACAAUUCUUGGCAUUGUUGGUACAUGUAUGGGGGUUGAUGAAGAGACUGGAUGGGUACCUGUCUAGUGUGCUUGAGGUACAGACAUAAUUUUGUCUCUGAAUGAUUCACGUUUUGUUUUGUUUUUUUCAUUCUUGUUCUUUAUUUGUAUUUUGUGGGUUCUCUUUUUAGGAUAAAUGUAAGGAUGAGAAGAUGUCUGAAUUCAUGUAGGUAGCAUAAGUAGGAAGAUGGCAUGGUUGAGUGAAAAAUAAAGCCAGAAAGGGUUUUUUAGUUGUGUAAAAAAGAGUAUAGUCCUUGAUCCCUGCAGGGCUCUGAGUCCCUUGUGAUGGAACUAGACCAUCUCUUGUGAUGUUUUCUCUUAUGGUGUUUUCUCUGUCUCCUGUCCCUUGUGGUGAUGUCUCUGUCUCUAUGUUUGUGUUUUCUCUGUCUUUUCACGGAUGGUUAGUGGGUGCUGAUUGUAUGGUGUGUGCUCCUACUUUCCUAUCCUGAUUGUUAUAUCUCCUCCUUUUCUUUGUAUGUCACUCUCGAGUGACACCUCAAAUCAUCGGCUCUUGUUGUAUGACUUGUGUUGCAAGUACCGUAAAACUCUAACUAAAACUAAACUAUCUAACUGUAUGGUGUUGGUUCUGCUUGUGGUGUUGUCGCUGUUUCUUGUGUUGCCAUUGUCUCUCUUGCGAUAUUGUGGCUGCCUGUUGUUGUGUGUGGUUCACAGGCGACAUAUAUGGAUCUAAAAGGGUUUGUUUUAUUGUGAGGUGCUUUCACAGUCGUACUGUACAUACAAGUGACUGAGUUCCACAUGCUGUUUGUUGGUUUCGUUUCAGGAAAUGUCUACUGAAAUGAAAAAAAGUAAAUUAUGACCAAAAAUGCAAAUAAAAAUUUUAAAAAGAACUAAA